AUGUGGAAAGGGUUUCAAUCGCCACUCAACCUUAAAAGACAUCAGAAAGUCCACAGUGAGGAGAAACCAUAUACCUGUUUAGAGUGUGGAAAGGCCUUCACUAGCAGAUCAAGCCUUGUAUAUCAUAAAAAAAUCCACACAGGGGAGAAACCAUAUACCUGUUUUGAGUGUGGAAAGGCCUUCACUAGCAGCUCAGGCCUUGCAAUGCAUCAAAAAAUCCACACAGGGGAGAAGCCAUAUAAAUGUUUGGAGUGCGGAAUGAGCUUCGCUCAUGGCUCAAGUCUUACAUUGCAUCAAAGAAUUCACACUGGGGAGAAAUCUUAUAAAUGUUUGGAGUGCGGAAGGAGCUUUGCUCACAGUGUUAGCCUUACUACACAUAAGAGAACCCACACAGGGGAGAAACCAUAUAAAUGCUUGGAAUGUGGAAAGUGCUUCAGCCAGAGUUCACACCUUAGUUCACAUAAGAGAACUCACACUGGUGAGAAGCCGUAUAAAUGCUUUGAGUGUGGGAAGAGCUUCAGUCAUAGUUCACAUCUUACUGUGCAUGAGCGAAUCCAUACAGGGGAAAAACCAUAUAAAUGUGUGACAUGUGGAAAGAGCUUUAGUAACUCCACAUCACUUGUUAUCCACCGCAGAAUCCAUUCAGAAGAGAAGCCAUAUAAGUGCUUUGAGUGUGGAAAGAGCUUCCGGCAUGGUACAGGCCUUCAUAAACAUCAAAAAAUUCACAGAGGUGAAAAACCGUAUGCAUGUUUUGAGUGUGGAAAGAGCUUCACUCACAGAUCACAGCUUAAAUGUCAUCAAAGAAUUCACACAGGGGUGAAACCAUAUACCUGUUUUGAGUGUGGAAAGAACUUCACUGAAAGCUCAAGCCUUAGAUCUCAUCACAAAGUUCACACAGGGGAGAAACGAUAUAAAUGUUUGGACUGUGGAAAGAGAUUUGCACAUGGAUCUGGCCUUACUUCUCAUAAAAGAAUUCACACAGGGGAGAAACCAUAUAUAUGUUUGGAGUGUGGAAAGAGAUUUGCACAGGGAUCUGCCCUUACUUCUCAUAAAAGAACUCACACAGGGGAGAAACCAUAUAAAUGUUUGGAGUGUGGAAAGAGAUUUGCACAUGGAUCUACGCUUACUUCUCAUAAAAGAACUCACAUGGGAUAAACCAUAUAUAUACUUGGAAUGUGGGAAAAGAUUUGGUCAGAUUUCGCAUCUCAUUUUGCAUAAGUGAAUCAAGAUGGGGAAAAUAUUUCGAUUCUUGUAAUGAGGAAAGCACUUUAAGUGGAGCACCGCUAAUUUGCAAGAUAUAGGUUUAUUGGAUUUGGAGGGACAUAAUAACCGUUGGGCUUGGCACCCUUAUUGAAUUUAUGGAAAGGCAAAAAUACACAGAGAUUUCUCAAAUCAUAUUAUAAGGAGAUCACUUCUUAAAGUUUGGGAGAAAUACAAAGAUCGGUUGGAGCCUAAAAUCCCGUGGUGGGCCUCUCCAAGCAGAGGCCACAGUGGUGAAGGAAAAAAAUACGUUGUGAAAUUGGCCUACUUAUAAAA